GUACACAAUGGUACGUAACACGAUUGCAAUGGAGUUUCCCAUCUCCUCAAACGUUUCUCUGGUUGGAAAUUGGUUUGACGUUGCUAGGCAAUAUUCGAAAGAGGAAGUGUUUUGCAGUAUCAUCCGGGUGAAUUAGUGGUCUCAGAUAAUUCAAUAUGGCAACGCACAUGUCGAGGUGCAGAACUUGGGGCCGUGUUCAGAGGUUUGGAAUUGCAGCGUAUAGAAAGUGCAGCAGUGGCAGUGGAUAUCCCAAUAUCUCACUCUCUGCACCGUUACCAGGGAUCCCCAAACCAGUGUUUGCAGCAGUGGACAGCCAUGAACAAUGCGAGACUAAAAUCACUACUUUGGAAAAUGGCCUUAAAGUAGCAUCUCAAAACAAGUUUGGUCAGUUCUGCACAGUUGGAAUUUUAGUAAAUUCAGGCUCUAGACAUGAGACAAAAUACCCCAGUGGAGUUGCACACUUUUUGGAGAAACUUGCCUUUUCUUCCACAGCCCAGUAUGGCAGUAAAGAUGAAAUUCUUCUCACACUCGAAAAACAUGGAGGGAUCUGUGACUGCCAAACAUCCAGAGACACAACCAUGUAUGCAGUCUCUGCCGAGGUGAAGGGACUGGACACGGUAGUCAGCCUGCUCUCUGACGCUGUAUUGCAGCCACGCCUACUAGAUGAGGAGAUUGAGAUGACUAGGAUGGCUGUGCGCUUUGAGCUGGAGGAUCUGAGCAUGAGGCCUGACCCUGAACCUUUACUGACAGAGAUGAUCCAUGCAGCAGCGUAUCGGGGGAACACCGUUGGGUUGCCUCGCUUCUGCCCAGUAGAGAGCGUGGAGAAGAUCGACAAGAAGCUGCUACACAUGUACCUGCAGAGCUACUACUGCCCAGAGCGUAUGGUGCUAGCUGGAGUGGGCAUCGAACAUGAACAACUGGUGGCCUGUGCCAGGAAAUAUCUGCUAAAUGUAAAGCCAGUAUGGGGUGCCAGUACGCCUACCAAUGUCGACUUGUCUGUGGCACAGUAUACUGGUGGAAUCGUAAGGAUGGAUAAGGACAUGUCAGAUGUGAGCCUUGGCCCCACCCCCAUCCCUGAGCUCACACAUAUCAUGAUUGGCCUGGAGAGCUGCUCCUUCCUGGAGGAUGACUUUAUCCCUUUUGCCGUCCUCAAUAUGAUGAUGGGUGGAGGUGGGUCCUUCUCAGCGGGGGGUCCAGGGAAAGGCAUGUUCACUAGACUUUACCUGAAUGUGCUCAACAGGCAUCAUUGGAUGUACAAUGCCACCUCAUACCAUCACAGUUAUGAGGACACUGGCCUGCUGUGUAUCCAUGCCAGUGCAGACCCUAGACAGGUUCGGGAAAUGGUGGAGAUUUUAACCAGAGAGUUCAUUCAGAUGGCUGGGACAGCAGGAGAGAUGGAGUUGGAGAGAGCGAAAACGCAGCUCAAGUCCAUGCUGAUGAUGAACCUGGAGUCGCGGCCGGUUAUCUUUGAGGAUGUUGGCCGACAGGUUCUAGCCACAGGGAAGAGGAAGCUGCCACACGAGCUGUGUGACCUCAUCAGUAACGUUACAGCGAGUGACAUCAAGCGGGUCACAACAAAGAUGCUGUGCAGCAAGCCAGCAGUAGCAGCCCUAGGAGACCUGACAGAGAUGCCCUCCUAUGAGCACAUCCAAGCUGCCCUGUCCAGCAAGGACGGACACCUGCCUCGCAUGUACCGCCUCUUCCGAUAAACCCCCUCGUGUUUACCCAGGCAUCACUGUAUAUACUGGACACUGGCCUACACUAGUGGUCUGGCAAUGGAGCUGUGCUAAGCUCUGGGAGAGGACUAAUGUUUGGAUCUCAACUGCAAAAGAAAAGUGCUGAGAGAGUGGUGAUUUUAACUACAUUUUAUUCAGUCAGGAAAUACCCCUCCCUGUGUAUUCGGAGAGUUACAUUUUAUUGCCAGAGGAAGUUUAAUUUCCUGUUGUUCAGUAUCUUACCAGACCCAUGUUGGCUGGGACGCUUGGCAUGCCAUCCCGUUUAAUUCCAAGUAUGUUUGAAUGAGUGUGGGUGAAUAUGGCUCGAGUGCUGCAUUGCUUGAUCUGCAGGGUGACCUACAAAUGACCUUAAUCUCAGAAGGGGUUGUGAUUCUGUUCUCUAGCCUUUAGGAUAGCAAACAGGCCUUGCAAUGUCCUACUACACUGUUUUCACAGUUGAUACAGGUACUUCCUUCAAUGUUACACUUAUCAGAUUUCACAGGCUGAAGUCUCACCUAAGGCCUUGUCAUCUUCAACAGAGGGUGACUGAAAUCUGUAAGAGACACUUCUGACUAACUGCUAGCACUUCUGUCAAUGUCCCUUCUCACACACAUAGCUGAGUUGGUCACCUCUACCGCACAGGAGAUAAUGCGAUAAUAAAAUAACAUUGGGCAAUGCUUGGAUUGGUGUCACCAAUCAUGCGACUGUUGUUUCUUGUAGAUAGAUACACAUUGAUCUCCACUUAACCAGACUGAAAUAAGAUACUGUGUUGUGUAGUUAGUUUUAGUAUUCUCAGUGUUCUGCCUGCGCUCCAUUCUUUCAUUCAACCCAUUCCAACACAGUUUUGACCUCUGUAUGUAAGUAGUACUGUAUGUGUGUGCUGAUAUCCUCUCAGGUGACAGAAAAUCUUAACAUUUGUUUCUCCUCUGUUGCAAAACUAUAUUGCUAAAUUGUAAUAAUGUAUCCACAGCUUUUUCACUAUUUGUGUUUCAUCGAGACACUUCAUAUCAGAAUACUGCCACUAUUUUAUUUCAAACCAAGAUUUCUCUGGGUCCUCGAGAGAAAGUGAACCUAUUGAAUGUGAAGACCCAUAUGUGUAUCUAUAUUCAGCCCAAUUUGUUUCUGGUAAAUAAAUGUUAAUAUUGCCAUAAAA